AUGACGCUAGUCCCGUUUGGGUUUACAUAUAGUACCGAUAAGCCUUAUCUAUGGAGUGCUCAGGUGGGCCUGGACAGGAUUAUUCAUCCUCGCCGGCAAGCGACAAUCUUGCCCAGGAAACCGAUCGAGCCAAAAGUCAUCACUGUUCUUGAGGCUGUCCUACACGACCGUAUCUCUUCAACUAAGCAGGGUACAAAUGUUCUUAAAUCAAAGUUCUAA